GUGGGGACGAUUUCGGUCCAUGCGGGCGUCCCUGGCAGGGGAGGUUGCUCCGUUGCCAUGUCGACGGCGAUGAACUUCGGGAGCAAGAGCUUUAAGCCGAAGCCGCCGGACAAAGGCGCUUUCCCCUUGGAUCAUUUCGGUGAAUGUAAAGCCUUCAAAGAAAAAUAUAUGAAGUGUCUGCGGGAGAACGGCUUUGAGAACAGCUUGUGCAGGCAGGAAUCGAAGGAAUACCUAGAAUGCAGAAUGGACAGGCAGCUGAUGGCCAGAGAACCACUGGAAAAACUAGGUUUUAAAGACCUUGUGGAAGAGAAGUUCGAAGCCAAGAACGAGAAGGCGUAAUGAAGGAAAGACAAUUCUUGGCUGCCUUUGAUGGAACGUAACACCUGCAGCAGAUCCUAUUGCAGAGAUAAUCUCCGAAAUCAACCAAGACAAGCCAUGGGAAGAAAAAACAGCAACAAUCCAAGAGAAAUGGGCCAUAUACUGGAGA